GCCAUUUUUGUACUCUUCCAAUGCAGUUGGCCUUUUUUCUCGUGUUCCCAAUUUCAGAAAAUUCCUCUUCUGGUUCAAUAAAGUGUGAAUCGUGUGGUCUAACUUCGAUGCUUGACUAGCAUAUGGCCAAAUGUGUGGAAAUGCUUGCUCUGUGACCAUGUUUAGCUCCUAUGUUGUUGGUACCUUGUAUGUUAAUUAUUGUCGACACUGCACUUUUCCAGUCCAUGUCUUUUCAGCAUUGCUAGCUUGUUUAAGGGAAAUGGUUUUUUAGGUUUUCCCUUUCAGUGAAUUCAUGUGGUCUAUGUUUUUCUGUGCUUUUUCCCUUUAUAUUUUUGUUGAGAGUCAANUUGAAAAAAAAAAAAAACGUUAACCUAGUUUCAACAUUUGGUUAGGACAUGAUGGAUGAUUUUUAUGGUUAAUAUUUGAAAAAGGUUUUGAUAUGAUGUGUAUUUUUGCAGGUUCUUGUUUUACCUAUUUUGUUGUGAUGAGUUUAAUAUGAACCUUAUUGAAGUUUCAAGAUCUAGGCUCUGUGUCAUCCUGAACUUUGAUCCCAAAAAAUUUUCAAACCCUCUCACUAGUAAAGAGACGCAGCAUCUAACAUCAGUUGUACAUCUUCUGUAAUUUUUGAUUGAUUCCUGGAAGAGUUCAGUUCAUCCUACUGUUAUGGUCUGUGAAGGUGACUAGUCUGACAUGGCGAAUUUUGUGAAUAACAAAAAUUUGUCGAAGGGUCUUUCGAUCGCUUCUAGCCCCAAAUCACAUGCAGGUCAACCUGUAAGACCAAUAAUCUCAAAAAAAUGGGAAAUCGGGAGGGCAACUGGUGGUAAGGUGACAGUAUUUCUUAUUAAAACUUUUGCAUUAGAAGCUGUACGGAGGGUUUCCAUGGCCAAGUGUCCAUUUCUGUGGACUGGGCUACAAGGUUUACAAGUUUUUUGUUACCCCCCAUUGAAAUGGUUACAGCGCUGGAAUCCUUUUGGGUACUUGGUUAAUGGAAUGCAGAUGAUAUCAGGGCCGUUGCUGGUUCUCUCUAUUGUGAAUGCUAUCUCUGAUCAUUCAGACUGCAGUAGUUUUCGCUCGGGUGAUGCAGAAAAUUCUCCUAGCACUGAUGACUGUCAACUGAGUUUAGAAUCUAUUUCAGGCUGCUCAUCUUUACAGUGUAAUGAGGGCAUGAGUGUUGGUGAUGAAGACCUGCACAACCCUUCUUCUACAGUCUGGAUGGACCACCUUUGUGAAGAGCUGGAAAAUCAGGGGAUUACUUUGCCAGAAAGAUUUAACAAAGAAGAACUCCGGAGAUUUUAUGCAGCUGCAAACGGCGAUUUUCCUAGUUUGCUAUCAUCUGUAAAGAAAACAAUACGUUGGAGAGAGACAUACAGAAUUCUCUCAGGAGAGGAACUUGAGAUGUGGUCAAAUAUGAUCUUCUGGCAUGGAUUUGACUCGAGGCGUAGGCCGUGUCUUAUUAUCAGAUUUGGCCUGGCUUGUAUCAGCCUGCCGGCUCAUGAUAGACCUCGAUUUUCUCAGGCACUUGUAUCUCAGGUGGAGCAUGGAGUUUUGCAUUUGCUGGAUGGAGAUAAUCCGCAAAUCACUGUCCUAGUUGAUUGUCAAGGGCUGUCGUCACUGAGACUUCCCAUGCAAACAGUGAGAUACUGCUGCAAUAUUUUGCAAUCUCACUUUCCUAAUGUUUUGGGUUGUCUAAUUGUCAUACGGCUUCCUUCAGUUGUCCGUGUUAUUGCCCAAACAUUUAUUCAGGUUCUUAAACCUGCCACGAAACAAAAACUGAGAAUUGAAGGGCAGGCGUACAAGAAAGUACUAGCCGAGUGUUUCCAGUCAAUCCCAUCAUAUUUAGGUGGAUCGUGCACUUGCACGAGAUGUGUUAGGCUCAACUCGAGCAGUUUGCAGCAAAUUUCAAACCGGCAAGCCUACAUCAGAGAGUCAAUUACAGAUCUUGCAAAUGCCGAUAAUUUCCUAUCUGAUCAACCAACAACAUAUCAGUAUGACAUGACCAUGGAUAAUUCCUGCAGCCGAACUUUACGCAGUGCUGUUAUUGGCAUCCUCAUUAUCUGGGUUUUGUUUGCUUUUAUUGAAGGUAUAAGUAACCCGGAAACCCGUCCAUUUUUACCAUGAUGAUGCUUAGAAGGGAAGUCUUUCAUCUGUGGAAAUCAAAUGUUUCAAAAAAAAAAAAAAUUGUAGUGUGCUUUUUGAGAUGAUGCUUAUUGAGUAGUGUAUGUUGUUUGAUCUUAAAGUUACUACUGUUGAGAUGGCAUAUAUAUGUAAUGAUGCUAUAGUCUAAAAUAUAUCGAUUUGUAGAAUUACUUGUUUCCUUUCGAUGUGUCUCGCUAUGUUGAACCAGUUUACUCGCUAUGUUAACUCGUGCUUUGCUGCAAAUGUACAAGUGCUAACGGCCUAAAAUAAUUUUAGCCCCAGGAAUAGAAGAUUGUUUGUAUCCA